CAACGGUAGUCUGGAACUCAACACCCACAACUAGCAUCUCCAUCUCUCAAGCAAGAAUUAUUCCUCCUCCAUAAUACCCGCCUCUCCAAACAGAUCCCUAUUCCCAAUUCCGAAAAUGGUUGCCCACGAAGGUCACGAAAUGAUAUGCAAAUGUCCUUCUUCACGGCCACCAACACUCCGCUCUACUCGGAAGGCUGGACCCCGUCAAGCGCUGGCGCCUACGCAGGAACCUGCAUCUUCCUGAUCCUCCUCGCCAUCCUCCUCCGCGUCGUCUUCACCGCGAGAGCAUGGCUAGAUGCAAAAGCCCAGGCAGCCGCGCUCAAGCGGAGAUACGUCGUGGUGGCAGACCAGCAGACGGUCGGCGACAAGGCCAAUGACGCAUCCUCCAUGACGGGAAUCCUUACUGCCAACGGAGUCGAAGAGCACGUCCGGGUCGUCUCUGCGCCCGUCAGCCACACUCAACCAUGGAGAUUCAGCGUCGAUCUUCCUCGAGCGUUCAUCACGACCAUUGGUGUUGGAAUUGGUUAUCUCCUCAUGUUGGCAGUCAUGACCUACAACGUUGGCUACUUCUUGUCCGUACUCGCUGGUGCUUUCAUCGGAGAGUUGGCACUCGGCAGGUUCGGCCACGGUGCAAUGACCAUGUAACGAAAGAUUUAAUGACAAUGCCCCUCUCUCAUGUUCUGUUAGCAUCUUCCAUUGUUAGCUUCAAUUUUCAAGGCGUUCUCGGGAGUGGAAAGGAAAUCAAGCACAGCGCUUGGCGUAUUCUUUUAUCGUGGGAGGGUUCCCUGUGAAAGGGAAAUGGUUCAGGCUACGUCGUCUAGAUAGAGUGCUGCAGGGUCCAGCAUCUGUAGCCCAACAAGCAUCAAUAUAAUAAUUCUACCUAAUCUCUUACUUUUACUCACGGAAGAUUUGUCU